UAGCUCCUUGAAUCGAGACAUCUUCGAUUCUUCGCAUUAAACAAGAAAAAGACGCCGUGCCGUUUUGUCAAGCAAAGCAGACACUUUUUAUUCGCUCGAGGAGUGUUUAAUACUACUCCCUCUGUUUUUAAUUAUAAGUAGUUUUACUUAAAAGCACAAAUAUUUAGAAAGUUGUUAUCUAAAAAAAUAUAUCAUUUAAUCAAUUAAUUUAACCAAUUAUAAAAAACUUAACAUUAUUUUAUUGGUCACACAAUAUCCAAUAAAUGAAAAAGUGCAUUGAAAUAUGUAAACUACUUAUAUUGUGAAACAAACUCUUUUUGCUAAAACUACCUACAUUUAAAAACAGAGGGAGUAGUAUUUAAACUUUACAACAUGACCCUUCCAUUUAAAAAAAUUAAACUUUCUCACCCAACUCAAGAAGGGAAAAUUUGUGAAAUAACCAAAAAAAACAAAAUUAGAUUUUUAGAGAGAAGGAUGAGAGAGAUAGAAAGGAAAAAGAAGAGAGAGAAGAGGAUUUUAGUUAUUUAGCUAAUUUGAAUUUUUUGUUUGGUUAUGGGAUGCAAUUUUUCACUCAAGAAUCCUAUAUGCAUAAAUACAAACAAAGAUACAUAUUUUAAAUUCACAAUACGCCAAAUCUAUUACAAUAAUACAGGUGUCAAAACUCAAUUUAGGCUUAAUAAAGGGUAUUUUUACAAAUAGUUAAAAGAAAACCUAAUAAAAAAAUCAUUCAGCAUGUGUUUAUUUCGUCCUCUUAAUAUAUUACUGCCAAAGACAAAAAAAAUAUAUAUUACUGCCGAAGAUUCCUUAUUAUCUAAUCUUGGAAUAAAAUUGGCUUAGUAGCAUCAAUGCAUUUUUAAUUUUGUGCACAUCAUAUUUAAUGUGAUUAAAAUACAUAUAUAACUCUUUCCGUUUUUGAAUAAAUAUCAUUUUGAUAUUUUUAUACAGAUUAAAAAAAUGGUGAAAAUAUAUGUAAAUUGUUAUUAAUUAUACUUUUCUGAUCAAUAAUAUUUAAGAUAAAUAAAAUUAUUUAUAAAAUUAAUAUAAUUUUUAAUUAAUUUUCGAAAGUAAAUAUAAUAUACAUUAGAUUGCAAAAUGACACAUUUUUUAUAAUAAAAAUAAAAAUUAAAAUGACACUUAUUAUUGUUGCGAAAGAGAGAGUAUAAAACAUUUUCGAUUUGUCCGUAUAAAAAUUUAAUAAACACAAGAAACAGAGAAAGCGACAUUUCUGCUUGUACUUUGGUCCGUGUAAUAAAGUUUUUCAUUUUCUCAGUUUCACCGAUCUUUUUCUUAGCUUUGUAACUAAAACAGAAGCCACUUUCCUAUAAAUUCGUCACUUUCAAAAUCAGAAAGCCACCAUCGGUUUAACUAUUUUCCGGUGAGAAAACGAAAAAAAAGAUGGCAGACGACAGAAGUGGCGGUAAUAGCAACAACACAGACCCAUUACUCCAAUACAUGACUAGCCCAAGAUCGAAAAAACCGCCGCCGAUUCUGUUUCCCUUACCGGAAGACGACAAAGUCUCUAUCCCGAUGCCGUUGACACCGUCGGAGUUCAAAGACCGUUUAAUCUUCGGACCUUCCUCACGCUCGACGCGAGAUUAUUCCUCUCAAUACUUAGAUUCUCAAUCGCCGUCGUCCUCCUCCUCCGCCGCCGCCGCCGCCGCCGGAGAUACUUUUUCCGACUCCUCAACUCUAGCACCUCUCCUCCUCCCACCACCACCACGACCGGACCCAUUGUUCCACGGCCACGCGCUCCACAGAUCCAAAACCGCGCCGGCGAUGUCCGUGAUCAACGAUCUCCACCUCCCGGUUCCUCACCAGAAAGACCUCGCGUCGCCGUCGUCGCGCUCCGUCGUGAGACAAGCGUUCGCUCUUCUCCUCGUCUAUCUCUCCUUAGGCGUGCUUAUCUACUCGCUGAACCGUGACCACUACGUAGUCGAUCAAACCCAUCCCGUCGUCGAUGGGCUCUACUUUUGCAUCGUCACGAUGUGCACCAUCGGUUACGGAGACAUCACGCCCAACAGUGUCGUCACCAAGCUGUUCUCGAUCAUGUUUGUCCUCGUUGGGUUUGGUUUUAUCGAUAUUCUCCUUAGUGGGAUGGUCUCUUACGUUCUUGAUCUUCAAGAAAGCUACAUGUUGGACUCCGCUAAGCGGAGAGAGGAGCCGGAGAAGAGGAGGUCGUAUAUUAUCGAUGUUAAAAAGGGAAGGAUGAGGAUUAGGUUGAAAGUGGGUUUAGCGUUAGGUGUUGUGGUUUUGUGCAUCGCUCUUGGUGUGGGGAUAAUGCAUUUUAUUGAAGACAUUGACUGGUUGGAUUCAUUUUAUCUCUCGGUUAUGUCGGUUACUACUGUUGGUUAUGGAGACAGGGCGUUUAAGACGUUGCCCGGUAGGCUUUUCGCUGCGGUGUGGUUGCUUGUGUCUACUUUAGCCGUGGCUCGAGCUUUUUUGUAUUUGGCUGAGGCGAGAGUUGAUAAGAGGAAUAGAGAGAGGGCUAAGAAGGUGCUUUGUGAGGCAAUGUCUGUCUCUCAGUUCUUCGCUGCAGACAUCGAUAACAAUGGCUGUGUGAGUAAAGCGGAGUAUGUGAUUUACAAACUGAAGGAGAUGGGGAAAAUAACAGAUAAGGACAUAACUCCGAUCUCUAAACAGUUUGACAAGCUCGACCGGUGCAGCAAUGGAAAGAUUACUCUUGGAGAUCUAUUGGAUAGUAGCAGUGGAGAUUGAUUCCUCUGCAACUUUUUUUUUUGUUUUGUUUUUAGCUUUAGUUUACACUUUACAGUAGUGAUCAAUGCUAAUAUGUAAUAUGAUAAUUGAUGAGUCAUCCAGUCUCUGGUUUACUUAAACCAAGUUUGGACCGAUCUUUAAUUUAUGGUCGUUGGUCUUGCC